GCGUCCUUUCAAGAUGGCAGCCAAGCGCGGUCUGAGGUGGUCGCGGCAGUUACUGUGGAGGUUGUGGCUGCUGCCGAGCGCUCCACAGAACCCGGGAUCCGGCCUGGGCAUAGAUGUGAGGACUUAUUCCCAGGGCGACAGACCAUACUCGCGCACGGCGCUCUAUGAGCUGCUCGGCGUCCCCUCCACGGCCACGCAAGCGCAAAUCAAGGCGGCCUACUACCGGCAGAGCUUCCUGUACCACCCGGAUCGCAACUCGGGGAGCGCCGAAGCUGCCGAGCGCUUCACGCGCAUCUCUCAGGCCUACGUGGUGCUGGGCAGUGCCACUCUGCGUCGCAAGUAUGACCGCGGCUUGCUCAGCGACGAGGACCUGCGCGGACCUGGUGUCCGGCCCUCCAGGGCGCCCGCCGGCGACGCCGGCUCGCCGCGCGCCCCGCCACCUGCCUCUCGAGCCCACGGCCCCGGUCAGGCCGCGACCGGCGCCAGCCGCACCAUGUUCGACUUCGACGCCUUUUACCAAGCGCACUACGGGGAGCAGCUGGAGCGCGAGCGGCGCCAGAGGGCCCGGCGAGAGGCCCUGCGCAGGCAGCAGGAGGAGCGGGCCAAGAAGGGCUUCCGCUGGGACGAGACCCGAGACACGACUUUUGUGUUCCUUCUCCUCACGGCCUUCAUCAUCCUGGGCUUUCGUUUCUAAUCAGAGAUGGGAGGAAGGGGAGCAGCCCCCAGCUGGCCCCAAGAAAAUGGCCUUUCCUGUCUUCUUGAACCCCUUGCCUUCCAUAGUCUACCUCUGCUGGGGUCCGAAGGAACUGAUGCUCUUCCUUCCUCGUCCCCGCCCGCCAGGCUUAGCCAUCCACCUGCGCGUCCCUCCCCUACGGCCCGGAAAAGAAGGCGUUUCAGUGGCAGAGAAACAGGCCCCAAGAAGAAGAGUCCCGAAAUCCCGAGAGUGGAGGGUUUUCUGGAGUCCCUUGGUUGCCUGCUUCCAGAGGUUGCCUUCCUGAAGUUGUCAACUUCUGGAACACUUGCUCUGGCUCUAUUGUAAAGCUCUGAGCAAGAAUGGUCUGCUCCCGCCCCACGUUUGUACCGUGGGGCUCCUGUGUAACCUUGAACCGUGCAAUGUGACCAAUUGUUGGCUGCCAAAAGAAAAAUUCUGGGGUUGUACGAACCUUGUCUUUCUGUGAGUUCCCCAGCCACAGGUGAGACCUGGUGUAGGGUAAGAAUAUGAUCUUUGGAAACCUGGCCAUUCUUGUGUGAUCAGCCCCAGACCCCACUCCCCCUUCUGCUGGUGGCAUGUGGGAGUGGGAAAGCAAGGUCACCCCACGUAAGGAAGGGGCUGUUCCUGUGCUUGUACUUAUCUAAUGCAUGACCUCAGAGAAACUACUACUGUGGGCAUGGCAGCAAAGGAACAAAUCAUUUGCUCCCUUGAGGUCUGUCACACUUUACUAUCCAUAAUCCUAAUGGGCUCAGUGAUUAAAACAUGAUGUUAGCAAAGCAGGUUUAUCUUUGAGGCAGUAGAGUAGGCCUGUCUCCUAGUCACUGCUCUGCUAGCCAGGCCCAUCACUAACUGUGCAGCCCAUCCCCUCCCAGAAGCAGCAAAAAACUGGGAGUUUGAGGUCAACAAACUGGGAAUGUGGCCUGUCCUUUUGUUUAGCCCCACAUGGCAAGUCCUCGAAACCUGGCUGCUUGAGUUUGGAGUAAAUGGUACUUCUAAGGGACUGGAGGAAUGUGCUGGAAGCCUGGUUCUUUAUUCAGAGCCCUGGCUGAAGCUUUUUUCUCUCUCAGUUUCUAAGUCAAGCUAAGCAGUUGGUCGUCACUUGGCUGGAGCAGUAGUAGUCAGGCUCUCCACUCUGUGUCCUUGCACAUGGUGUACAUGUUGGCUGUGAGAUUUAGCUGCUCAGGCAUUUAUGCCCUACGGCUAAGUGUAAAGCUGUACAAAUAGGAAAACCUUUGCAAGAGAUCUACCACAAGAGUGAGGACAGAAGUGUAGGUUCUAAACAAACCCAGAGGUGCUUUGGUAUAUUAAUAAGAAUUCCGGCUCUUGUGAAAUCCUUGUAAUUAGGAUAACGCCACAGCUAGUUCAGCCUCGUGUCUUGGAAACAAUUUGAUUCUAGCCUAGUAGGUCCGGGGCAAACUCUUAGUACUUUCAGUGACCAUACAAUUCAGUGGUAAAGAUUUGAGCCCACUUUGGAUUCGGACUUGGUGGCUCAGCUAGCCUUGACUUGGGGGGAGGGGCAUAUGUACUUUUAAAAAGAACAUUUAAUGUUACUAUGUUUCAUAUUUGGAAAGCAAGUUCUUUUUGAAAUACAAACAACAGGAAGUGUUCAGCCCUGUAAAAGGUACAGAAACCUGAAUCUCAACCAAGCAGCUGGGUGCACAGCAGUGUCCUUGGGGCAGGAUUCUAUGAGAAUUUCUAUCAAAAACGAUUGGGGUUCUUAGCGGGGUUUGGUUGUAAAAGCACUAUUGGUAUAUAAUAGUGGUAUUCUAAUGGGCUCCUUGAUGUAGCUGCCUCAAGUUUGUUUUCUUGCAGUGAAUAUCAAAGGCAAGAACAUUCCCUGGGGCCCCAGAACAUAGAGGUAGAUAGAAAGUUCCAGAAGGUUGUGGGAGUGGGAAGACUCUGUGAAGCUUCUGGAACAUUCCAUGCUACUUUAAUCUGGGUAGUCAAUAAAGUUUAUUAAUCAUCCAA